GUGCUUUGCAUCAUUCAUGUAAAUGUUUUGAAGACCUAUUUUUAUUUCAUAAUUGUUGGAAGUAAAGUAUAACAAAUAGUACACAUUUUUUACAGGCAAAUAUUUCAUAAUUUUCCACAAACACAAUGUAACAGUGGAAAGUGCAUUUCUUAUAAAAAAAGAUUCACCAGCAGAUAUAGUGUUAAAUGUAGAAUAAAAAGAUAAAAUGUAUAAUUAAAUUUAGUUGAACAUAAACAGCUAAUAAAAUGUACUGUUGUUAAGUACCUGUUUUGGAAAAUUGAUUCUGAGCUUAUUUCCCAUCACAUGUAUUAGGGCAAUGAAUAUUAUAAGUUUUUAUAAUAAAGCCUGUCACUAAUAUAUUUAUUUGCAAGGCAGAAAAGUAUUAUUUUUUUAAAUUGAAGACUCUGCUAAUCUAUUUUUUGUCUACAUCUUCUCAUUACUUAGAAUCUACUAAACAAGGGCUUACUUUUUUUAAAUUACCUUUUCUUCAAACUAACAUGCAAAGUAACUAGAAAAGAAGGAAAGAAGGGCUUAUAGGAAGAAACAGCAUUUUCCGAAAAUAAGAAUUAAUUAUUGUAUUCUGCUGUAAAUGAUUCAAGAAAUUGCUGUUUAUCGAUUUCAUAAACUCAUUUAAUGUUGGUUCCCAUUCCUGUUAAUUGUGUUGUGUAGGCUGUUUGCUCCUAUGUGCUCUUCUCCACACAAUGGCCUUAAUUGAUGAAACAGAGGAACACACUCGAACCAGUUGGGUUUCAUUCAUUCCCUUAAAGGAAAAUAUCAUUGAUACAAGACACACAGUAAAAUAGUUAUACAACAAUAUUCUUCUGGAAAUCUAGGCAGAUGUUUGGAAAUCAUUACCUCUACUGGUAUUUGGAGGUCUAAUAACUAUUGGAGGUUUUCUUGCAUUACAACUACCAGAGACGGCGAAUAAAAAAUUACCUGAUACCUUUGAAGAGGGAGAAGCAUUUGAUCAGUAAGUAAUUUAUUUUAAAUUAUCCAAUUAAUUUACAAAUAUUUCUUUGUUAAAUUAGAUACCAAUAUAAAAAUCCUUUACAAAUUAAAAUUAAAAGCUAAAAAAAAAUUCAUUUGUAGCAUUUAAACUGGUUUCAUGAAUUCUUUUCACCUGUAUUUCACUGUAAUAUUUUUAGUAAAUACCCAGUAUUUAAAGAGCACUUAAUUUAAGGUUGUUUUGGUAUCGAAAAGUCCACUUUUGGUGGUAUCAAAUCAACCUUACUCUAAUAAUUACCAUCUUAGUAUUCCUUCCAAUAUCUACAUUAAAUUAUUGAAUUUGAAAUAGCAUGUAUAUUAAGCAAAGCAACAAUUUCAGAUCAAUAUCUGAAGAGGCAUCUGAAGUCCAAAUUGAAGAAAGCAAGAAAUAACAAAACGUAGAAUAUUAGUAAUGAACAUUAAUAAGGAUAUAUAAUUUUUUGAUGAAUUUACAAAACAAACAUUACUUCUUAAUGUAUCUGAAACUUUUGAAAUACUUCUUCAAUAAGCAGAGUUUGGUUAUAAACUAAUUUUCUUAAAACUAAGUUAAUGACAGCAGAAACAUACAAAAACUAAAGUAUCUUUCUAAUAGUAAUAGUAAUAAAAGAAAUAUAUUAAUUAUUGUAAGUAUAGGAAAAUUUUGCAGAACACAAUUAUGUUCAUUUAAUAUUUAUAAAUGAAAUGACACCUUUGAAAAAACAUUUAUAGAGUUAAGAAUCUAACUAAUUUUUAACUGCACUCCAAGUGCACAGGUGUACUCAAGGAAAUAUGUUUCUGUGUUUUACAAUACAUAUAAAUUAUUUUUCAGAAAUUUUAUAUCUUUUAGGGAGUCAAAUAUCUUCUUACUAUCCAAGUUGAAAUUUUUUGUACUGUAUUAUGUAAGCAAUUAUGUGAACAAUUGCUCACUACUAUUACCUUAUAACGUGCAAUAGAACACUUGUCAGAUCUGGUUACAAUGUGAAAAAUACAGUCAUGUAAACACUGCUUGAGAGAGUGAGAAACAGUAGACAUCAGAGAACAAUAGUUCAUUAUGAAAUAAAGAACUUCCUUCAAGAGACAAAGGAUAUUGCAAGGACAAUUCACAAAUUGUUCUCUGUAAACCAGAUGUAGAAAGCAGAUUGUAGUACUACAAGUCGGAGAUGUCACCUGCCAUGCAAGAUCACAAAACAGAUGCCCUGACAUCUUUUAAGAAGUAUUCUCACGAGCUUUAUCUGUGAUGUAAUCAAAUAUACAAUACUAUCAUCAUUCUCAAUCAUUAUUUAUAUUUUAAUGUGAAGAUUGUAAAAUAUUUACAUUAAUACAUUUUAUUUAAUACAAGGCAUCCUGAAAACAUUGUUACUCUUUUCUUGAAGUUACCUGUUGUAUGAAUGAGGAAGAAAUUCAUGCUAUCAUAAAAUCAAUGUAUAUUUUCCCCAUAAAUUCUGGCAAAUAUACAAAUCACAAUAGCAAAUUACUUGUAUUACAUCGUAAUUUCCCAGAGUUCUAAUAUAAAUUAAUUCACCCAAGAAAAAUAUGGCUUGUAAUUAUAUUGCAAAACAUAGUUCAAUAUUAAAACUAAGAUAUUGAUAAAAAUUAAGCUGUUAUAGUAGGGUAUCUUUCAAAAUGUAUGAUUUUUUUAAACUAAAAUAAUUGUCUGAAUGUUAAAAGAGUUCAAGUUAACAACAAAAAAUGAAAAUACUCAAAACAUAACACUGAAAAUAUCAUUAGCCCCGUUUAAAUCUUUGUAGACCGCUAGCACACAACAACUGCAGAGUACCUUUUUGCCACCAGGCCAUUAGCCUUUGCAGAAAAAUGUAGGUCAUUGCCUGUGUCAUGGCCCAACCAGUCUACCUAGCAGCUCAACACCUGUUAGUGGAUGGUAAGGGAAGUCCCCUGGCAGUUUGUCGUCUGCACUCUCUCCAUUCACAUCACUGGUGAGUUCACUCUCCUGCAAUUGAACUAGAAGAAGUGGUCAUUGUUUUGAUAAUGUCAUCCUAGCAUUUUGUAGUAUUUGCAAAAGGAAAUGUGGAUAAAAGUCAAAAUAUGAGAGGAUUGAAAAAUUUUGAUUUGAAUGUCUAGUUGUUGUUUUUUUUCCCUACAGCAUGAAGAUAAACAGUUAAAAUUACAAGAUGAAUUCACCAUCUCUAAAAAAAUGUUACAAAUUGCUAAUUCUGAAGAUUGCUAGCACUUCUAACUUUGUAUGAAUUUCCUCCACAGAACAGGUUUCUAGAGGGAGUAGUGGGAGUAAAGUAACACCAGUACUUUCACUGAAGCCAACAAGAAAAGAAAUAACAAAACACAAGGUGGAUAUACACACAAACAAAAGUGUUCAGUCUGUGCUCAGUUACGCUGAAGAGAGUAUCUGAUUAAUUUCUAACAUCAUAGUGAUUUUAGGUGAUUUUCAUACAUUUUAAUUAUUAUAAUACAAUAACUAGCACACUUUGAAGAUUCAUUUCAUGCAAUGACAACUAUUCAUCACAAUGCUCACCAGACAACUCCAUGCAAUUGCUUCCAUCAAAAGAUUAAUCACAUCAUUUGAAGCAAAGUAGGCUAAACAGGAAACAACCAAUUAGUCGUAAGACAUGCCAAGCUGUCCUCACAAAAAAUGGACUUGCAACCACAGUUUAGAGGAAUCCAUGGUUUACAAAGCAUCUAGAAUUGAGAUUGCACUAUGAGAAUAUUUUGCUUAGUAAUUGAAAACUAGGAAUUCUGUUUUUUCCAGUUUAUUGUUCAUGUGAGAAGAAACAAAUAGAAAUAUUUUCACAUUUUAACACCACCUAAUAGGAAUUAAAAGUGAUAAUCUAAAUUAUUAAAAGUGAGUUGUAUCUUGUUGCAGUGACGUUUGACAAUGGUUUUUGAUGAUGUAUUUCCCUAUCUUGGAGAUUUUGGAAGAUACCAAAAACGAAUUUAUUUUCUACUAUGCUUACCUGGUAUUCCAGUUGCAUUUCACAAGUUGGUCAAUGUAUUUAUUCAAGCAUCUGCUAGUCACAGGUGUCGUCUCCCCUUCGAGGCAGAGAACGCUACUUACCACCUUCCGGCACACAUCCUCAACUUAUCUUACCCGAGAGACCCGGGAGGAGAGAACAAAUGGUCAUCUUGCGAGAGGCUCGACACUAAUUUCAGUGCUGAAUACUGGGACAUAGGAAAGCCCGCCAACUCGAGCCAGUUAUGCGAUGAAUGGGUGUUCGACACUUCCCUAUAUCAUAGCAGCGCCGUAACUGAGUGGAAUCUUGUCUGCGACCGAGCAUGGCUCAAAGCCACAGCGGAUGCAAUAUUCAUGCUCGGAGACUUAUUGGGAUCCCUGGUUUUCGGGGACUUGUCAGACAGGUUUGGACGCAAGCCCAUUUUCUUCUUCUCGCUCGUCCUUCAAGUGGUGACGGGCCUGCUCACGGCGCUGGCACCGAACUACGUUAGCUUCAUGAUUGCGCGGAUGAUAGUCGGCGCCACCACCGCCGGCAUCUUCCUCGUCGCUUACGUCAUCGCGAUGGAAAUGGUUGGCCCAAGUAAACGACUUGUAGCUGGAGUCAUCGUACAAGCUUUCUUCACUUUGGGAUAUAUCUUAACAGCAGCUUUUGCUUACUUCAUACGUGACUGGCGACUACUGCAGGGAGCUGUAUCGCUGCCAGGGAUCGUCUUCUUUUCCUAUUGGUGGUUUGUUCCGGAAUCACCGCGAUGGCUCAUCACAAAGGGACGCAGCGACACCGCUCGCAGCGUGCUUCACAAAGCAGCGAAAGAGAACCGCGUGACGGUGCCUGAAGACGUCCUGGACUCUGUAACCCGGAGCACUCACCUGCAGGACCCGGAAAAGAAGGCUUUGGAAGGCGGCUCUAUGCUGGACCUCGUGCGCACGCCCAACUUGCGUCAGAAAUCUUUGGUGGUGUUCUUCAUUUGAUGUCUUCUGGUUGACAAUAACUCUAGUUAUGACCGGAAAGAUGGCCAUUACCGCCUCCUUUGCCACUAUAUACGUCUUCUCUGCCGAACUCUUCCCCACUGUCAUUCGUAAUGUAGGUAUCGGCGCAAGUUCUACGUGUGCACGUGUUGGAGGCAUGAGCGCUCCCUACAUCAAUCUGUUGCAUACCUGGUAGAUAUGGGUUAUGAGGAUAUUUUUCAAUACUUAGGAUCCUAUGGCCCCUAUCAGAAACGUAUUCAUAUAUUACUCUGCCUACCAAGUAUUUUAGUGGCAUUCCACAGACUGGUUGGGGUGUUUCUUUUAGCAGUUCCUUCUCACAGGUGCCUCUUGUCAUGUGAUUGUGAGACUGGAUUAUACAACCUAGCCCCUGAAAUUAUUAAUAUGACAAUUCCUUGGGAUUCAAAGGACAAGGAAUGGUCUUCUUGUGAAAGAUUAGAUACUAAUUUUACUUUUGACUACUUUGAAACUGGUAUACCUGCUAGUGGCAAAAAAAAAUGUGAAUCUUGGGUAUAUGAUGAUACAACAUACACAAGUAGUAUUGUUACAGAGAACAAUCUGGUAUGUGAUCGUAAGUGGUUAGUUCCAACAGGACAAUCAGUAUUUAUGUUGGGUGAUCUCUUAGGUUCUUUAGUGUUUGGUACAUUAUCAGACAAGUAUGGUCGCAAGAUAACAUUUAUCUUAGCACUCACCUUACAAGUGGUAUUUGGAUUAAUGUUAGCUUUCUUAAAUGAUAUUAUCUCAUUUUUGAUAUUGAGAAUAUUAAUUGGUAUGGCAACUGCAGGAGUGUUUAAUUCUUCAUAUGUAAUUGGGAUUGAACUAGUGGGUCCAAAAAAGAGAAUUUUGGCUGGAGUUGCUGUGGAAUUUUUCUGGUGUAUAGGAUAUGUUAUUUUGGCUGGACUAGCUUAUUGUUUCCGUGAUUGGCAGACUCUACAAAUUAUAACCACUGUUCCUGGAGUUAUUUUCUUAUGUUAUUGGUGGUUUAUACCAGAGUCGGCUCGUUGGCUAAUGGCAGAGGGUCGCUCAGAAGAAGCAAAGGUAAUUUUACAACAUGCAGCAAAAGUGAAUAAGGUUACGCUUCCAGACGAUGUCAUAAAUAGAGCAAUGAAAUCAGAUCAAAUGGAGCAACAAGAAUCUCUAAGCAUCCUGCAUAUCCUUAAGCAUCGCAACCUACGUUUAAGAUCCCUAAAUAUAUUUUUUAACUGGUUUGCAGUUUGUUCGGUGUUCUAUGGUCUCUCUUUAAACACUUCGAACCUGGGAGGGAAUGAUUACGUAAACUUUUUAUUGUCUGGUUUAGUUGAAAUUCCAUCAUACAUAGUCCUAAUGCUCACUCUCAAUCGCCUUGGAAGAGUCCCAGUGCUUGGCAGCUCUGUGUUAUUAGGAAGUUUGACAAUGUUUGUAAUCGCUGCAGCUCCCGAAGAUAUGAGCUGGUUAACAGUAACAGCAGCAAUGAUCGGAAAAUUUGCAGUUUCCUGUUCAUUUGCCACAGAUUUUAUCUUCACUCUUGAAAUGUUUCCAACAGUGAUAAGAACAGCAGCAGUUGGAGCUGGGGCAACCUGUGCUCGUUUUGGAAGUCUCAUUUCUCCAUACAUCAAUAUGUUGGACAUGUAUUGGAAGCCCCUUCCUUCUAUCAUAUUUGGGAUGUUUUUACUUGUAGCGGGUCUUACGGCAUUUCUUCUACCUGAAACUUUAAAUAAAGAUCUCCCUGACACAAUGGGUGAUGGAGAAAAGUUAGGUAUUGUCAACAAAUCAUUUCAAGAAUCAACAACACAGCCAGAAGUACUACCAAAUAAUAACUAACAUUACUGUUUGACAUCUAUGUUACCAAUAUUUACAUUUGUCAAAAAUGCAGUACAUUAAAAGUGGUUCCUCUUUAUGUGUAUAUUUUAGGUGUAUAACAUUCCUUGGAAAAUACUUAUUCGCAACUACAUUAGGAAAGCAAUAUCUACAUUUGUACAUUUAUUUUAUUGAAACUAUUGGGGACGUGCGGCAUACGACGCUUUGCCUCCUCUUAGAGCUAUUACUCAACAAUUACCCAGAUUUGAAAAAAUGCAUGGCAUCAUUUGAAGAUUUACAUUUGAAUAACUUUAUGUAGAAAACAUUGAAGCCAAAAGAAUCAAUACGGUUGAAAAAUAGCUUGAAAAUUUGAGACAUACCUUAUAAUUUCGAGGAGCAAGGAUGCACUUAGAUGUGUGGAAUAUGGCUGUAGGAAAGUUCUACAUAUUGCCUAAUCGGAAAAUGUUUAAAAUGUUGCUUCAUUGUUCCAAACAGUGUUUCAUGUCGUUCAGUGUUAUGUCAAAGGCGAAUGAAAUAAGGGAGGUUUACACAUUCUUGAACAAUACAAUCACUAUUCACUGUGUGUAUUCCAAGAGAGCAACUGAAGAUGUAAUGUAAUUUUUUUAUUGGCCAUAAUAUGUGCAUGUAUACUAUAGGAAAAUGUGACAAAUAAAUCAUAUUCAUUAGUCUUUAAACACGUAAUGAAGCACAUAUUCGUGUAAUCAGUGAGUUUUUGUGAAAUGACACAUCUGUCAGAAGAUUGCUAGACAUUGCGUGUAAGUACACUCCCUAUCGUUGAAUUUAAAAACGCUCUUCGAACUUAAGAAAUUGCUAUAGGUUCUCUAACAAUCUUUCACUCACAUGUUUCCUAGAAGAAACUAGUGGUGCUACAACAGCACGUACUUUCUCACCCGUAUUUUAACGCAAAAUUAUCCGA